AGAUGCCAAGUGAUGCCAAUGAAGAAAAUAAUCACUCUGUCACAUUUUUGUCUUUUUUAUGACUAUAGAAAGUUGAACCACAGAUUACUAGUUUUUCUGUGGUUGAACCAAAGUUGAACAUAACCUCUAAAAUAUCAUAUUCAAUUCUUCAAAUCAAACAUGCUAAAAGUAAUAAGUGAGCAUGCUUAAAAAGUGUAUCUUGAUUUUCGCUUGUAUUAUGCGAGUUCAGUUAUUCUCUCUUCAUGAGAAAUUUGCUGUGAAAUAUUAAGUUUUGAUUAAUACAACUGUAUCUAUAAUUAUUAAGGAAAUACUUGCCAAAAAUAUGGAAGAAGAAAAUGUAUAUAAUCGGGUAGUCAAGCAUAAACCAGGUCCAUCAAAAUUUCAAAUGAAGAAUAGACCGUCCAUUAUUUUCAAUAUAAAUAAAACUAAUGGUGGACCCCCACCAGCAAAAAGAAUUAAGUUGACUACUGUUUCUGAUAAACCAUGUACUAUUACAAGCUCUUCAAAUUCUAAUGGAAAUACAAACGGAACUAAUGGCACCAGAGUCAAUGGAGUCAAGAAUAAUAUUAAGCCUAAAUUGAACAUAAAUGAACAGAGAAGGAGGUUACCUAUAUUUGUAAAUAGAAAUAAAUUAUUAGAAAUCAUAAAGUCAAACGACACACUAGUAGUUAUUGCUGAGACUGGUUGUGGUAAAAGUACCCAAAUUCCACAAUACAUACAUUCUUUAAGACUGGAAGAAAACGGUUGCAUAGCAGUGACACAACCUAGAAGGGUAGCUGCAAUUAGUUUAGCCAAGAGGGUUGCUCAAGAAAAUUGUCCUAGUAUGGAAGUUGGGGAGACAGUAGGAUAUACAGUACGUUUUGAAGAUAAAACCUCUCCAAGGACUAAAAUAAAGUAUAUGACUGAUGGAAUGUUGCUCAGGGAAGCUAUGUUCGAUAGACUUUUGAUGAAAUAUACAGUUAUUAUUUUAGAUGAGGCUCAUGAGCGAACUAUUCAUACUGAUGUUUUAUUUGGUAUUGUUAAAGAAGCUCAAAAAAAAAGAAAAGAAAGAAAUGUAUCACCUUUGAAGGUCAUUGUGAUGUCUGCAACAAUUGAUGUAGAAAAAUUUAAAUCAUAUUUUAAUAACUGUAAGUCAGUAUAUAUUGAAGGAAGGACGUUUCCUGUUAAUUUAUUCUAUAUGAGCGACCAAAAUGAUGAUUAUCAGACUACAUGCAUUUCUACCUUCUUCAAAAUUCAUCGAGAAGCUCCACCAGAUUAUGACGUGUUGAUAUUUUUAACUGGUCAAGAGGAAGUUGAAACAGCCGCACAACAAAUAAGGUUAUUAGCAAAUGACCCAGAUGUUGAGGGGCCUCCAGUAAAGGUUUUCACUCUUUAUGCCGCUCAAUCUUCAAUCCAACAAAUGAAUGUAUUUCAGUCAGUUCCUGAAGGACACAGAAAAGUAAUCAUAAGUACAAAUAUCGCAGAAACGAGUGUAACUAUUAGUGGAAUACGUUAUGUUAUUGACUGUGGAAUGGUUAAAGUGAGAUCAUUCCAUCCAUCAACAGGACUUGAGAUGUUGAAAGUUCAGAGGGUAUCUCAGGAGCAAGCUUGGCAAAGAGCAGGCAGAACAGGUCGUGAUGCUGAAGGUUGUUGUUACCGAAUGUACACAAGAUCUCAGUUUGAGAGUAUGUCAGAGUCAACAAUACCAGAAAUUCAAAGGGCUAAUCUAACUUCUGUAGUUCUGCAAUUAUUAGCGAUAGGGGUGCAUGCUAAAAAAUUCGAUUUUAUGAGUAAACCACCUGAGGAAACACUUGACGCUGCUUUUGAAGAACUGAAAUUAUUAGGAGCCAUAGAAGAUGUAGAAACUGGAAAAUUAACGGAAUUAGGAAAACAAAUGACAAAGUUUCCACUGGAUCCAAAAUUCACAAAAAUUAUACUAUCAGCCGUGAAAUACGGUUGUGUAGCAGAAGCUCUAACGGCGGUGGCCUUCCUUAGUGCCGAAUCUGUCUUACUAAAUCCAACCACAAGGAAAGAACAGGCUCAAGCAGUUCGUCAGAAAUUUCACUCGACUGAGGGUGAUCUCAUGACACUGAUAAAUAUAUACAGAGAAUUUUCUAAUGCUGGAAAAAGUAAUAAAAAGGCUUGGUGCCAUGAACAUUUCCUGAAUCUAAGGAAUAUGUUGUAUGUUAAAGAUGUGAGAUCGCAAUUGAAAGAUAUUUGUAAAGGAUUGAACAUUGAGGUCAAUUCAUGUAGCAACCAGUUGAAAUUACUCAGGAAAAGUCUUCUUGCAGGAUUGUUCAUGAAUAUGGCAGAGUAUAACAAAGUAGAUCGACGUUAUGUAACGUUACACAAAAAGCAAAAUGCGUGGAUACAUCCGAGUUCAGUUCUUCAUGGAAGCUCACCUCAUUUAGUGCUCUUCACUGAAAUGGUGCAAACAACAAAGUGUUACCUACGAGGAGUGACAACAAUAGAGAGUGAUUGGUUGAUGACAGUUGCACCUGAAUAUUUCCAACAUAAAAAUAUAAGGACAUGUGAUUAGGGUUAACAUCUAUAAAAUUUGGCAACCAGGAGAAGACGCCUGAAAACAGGUUUUUUUUUUAACAUAGUGUAAUAAAAAAGAGUUUAAAAUAUCAAAAAUCACAAUUUUAUUUAUUUUCAUACCUCAAAAUUGAAUUGAGUCAUCUUUUAUCAUCAUUUUAAAUGAACUUUUUCUGAAAUUUUUUAUGGAUAGAUACGUAUCUAAUACACAGCAUUUGAAAAGGCGCCAUAAGGGGUUAAAAAACACCCAGUUGCAGGAACGUUCAUUAAAAUUUACUGCCGUCAUUAAAAUU